CUUCCUGUUUUCCUUCCCCCCUGUUUGUUACAGAAAAAGCAUUCAUUACCAGGCCCUCCAUUUCUCACAUCCUCACCCCAUGUAAGAGACAGGCCUAUUUUGAGGACUGAUUGAAAGAUUCUGACUAGAGACGUUCAGAAAGCUGCCCGCCUUUUUCACUGGCUUUUGCUCGAACGGGCAGCUGUUCUCCGGCCCACAACUGAUCUCAGAAACUAGAAAUAUUUAUUUCAGGCUCUGUCCCACUGACCUAUGUGGGCGGAAAUGGAAAACACCUGUCAGGUGGGAAGCCGUGAUCUGGGCCAACAGGAAACUAGCCUCCUCCGUCCCCUCGCUCGCAGCCCCUCCUUCACCAGUCUCACCCCAUUCCUGUAAGCGCGGGCCCGCGCGCCCCCUGGGGGCAGACCCCCGCGUCUGCAAGAGGAGCAGCGCGGCCAACCCGAGCCGCAGGCCCGGCGCUACGAAGGGCUUUGGGGACGACUAUUAGCCUCAGGUGUGUGUUCGCGUAGCCGUGUCCCCAAUUAAUACGCUGACCGGCGGCUCCUCUCCUCGUCCUGUCCCGCAGCGGAGGAGUUAUGUCGUGCCUAACCGCAGGAUCCUCCUGGAAGGAGGCAAACGUCCCACCAUCCGCUGAGACGGAGAAAUGUACGCCGCGCUCUACGGUGGCCGGGAAGGACUCCUAGCGCCAAGACCGACGUCUGGGGACGGCCCUGGAGUCACGUGGGCCAAUCACAGCAUUCGGUCUCACCCAGCGAGUUCCCGGAAGGAGGGAGUCGCCAACUGGCGGCCGCUUCCGGCUGUUUGACUGGUGGCGGGAGCGGGAUGAGUAAAGGCCGUGCGGAGUUGGCGGCAGCCCCCGGGCUUGUCCUGAGUUACCUCCGGGAGCAGAACCGACCCUACAGCGCCCAGGACGUUUUCGGGAACCUGCAGCGGGAUCACGGGCUCGGCAAGGCGGCUGUGGUGAAGGCCCUGGAGCAGCUGGCGCAGCAGGGCAAAAUCAAGGAGAAGGUGUACGGCAAGCAGAAAAUCUACUUUGCGGACCAGGAUGAAUUUGAUACUGUGAGUGACACAGAUCUCAAAGACCUUGACGAUGAAAUUCUGUCACUCACUUCCAAAGUCCAAAGUGUCCAGCAGAGCUGCCGUCACAUGGAAGCUGAGCUGAAAGAACUGAGUAGCUCCCUGACUACACCAGAGAUGUGUAAAGAGAUUGAGGAGUUAAAAAAAGAAUGUGCCAAUUAUACAGAGAGGCUGAGUAAAAUCAAAGCAGCUACCAAUCAUGUGACUCCAGAAGAAAAAGAAAAGGUGUAUCAGGAGAGGCAGAAGUAUCACAGAGAGUGGAGGAAACGGAAGAGGAUGGCAACUGAACUGUUUGAUGCAAUUCUUGAGGGUUACCCCAAGAGUAAGAAGCAGUUUUUUGAAGAAGUUGGAAUCGAGACAGAUGAAGAUUAUAACGUUGCUCUUCCAGACCCCUGAGGAACCUCUCUCCAAACAAUGUAGAAGGGUCAGAAGGAACUUCCUGGACUGGUUGUAUUGGUGUUGUUUUGGCACUUCCAGCUGUCUUUUGUCUACAGGAGGAGUCUAAACUAAGGCAAAGUGACUAGACUAAUUAGUACCAAGAAGGCAGAUGGUUUUAUAUAUAUUACUCACAUCACUUUAGUCUCAGAUUUGACUUGAUAAAUUCAGGACAAAUUUGGGCUUAAGCAUUUAGUAAAAUUUAUUGCAAUUACAAUUUGAUAUAAAAAUAAUUUGUAUUGGAUGGUAAGCCUGAAAAAAAGGAGAGGGGGCUAGGCUUCUAUAUAUCUGAGACAGAAGUUUCUCCACUGUCCCCUGGCUCAUUUCUGAUAGAAACUGUUACAGCAAGUAGGAAGUGGUCAGGAGAAUGGACAUCUAUCCCUAAUGAACUCUUCAAGUGAAAAGAGGUGGCAUGUAAGCCUGAGGUACCACAAGACCUGCCUGACUUAAAAAAUUAAUACAAUUGUAAGCUUAAAAAGAUUACAUUGAAAUAAAAGUUAAGAAAUUUGUCAUAA